AUGUGGCUCAAGCAGGCACCACUCCUAAGCUUACCAAGCCUGUGUCUCAACUUCCUCAACGUCUUAACGUCGGCGAGAUCGUCAGGCACUUCUCUUGUGACUGUCGCGAAGACUAUCAAGCAUGCGCAGUUACGAGAUACGCUCAAGAUGACGGAGAUUGUGAUGACCCAAACGCCGCCAAUUCUCCAUGGGCCCUCUGAGAAGGAGAGGAAAUAUGAUCGCCAACUUAGACUGUGGGCUGCUAGCGGUCAAGCUGCCCUCGAGUCUGCGAACAUUCUAUUGCUGAACUCUGGCGCGGGAACUGUUGGCGUCGAGACUCUCAAGAACCUGGUGCUACCUGGUAUUGGGCGCUUCACCAUUGCUGAUGCCGCAAAGGUUGCGGAGGCUGACCUCGGGGUCAAUUUCUUCUUGGACGAAGAUAGUCUAGGGAAGUCUAGGGCACAGAGCUGUACAGAACUACUCUUGGAACUGAAUCCAGAAGUGCAAGGCGACUGGUUCCCGAAGAAUGAGGAGCCUCUCAAACUUGACAAGCUGCUCGAACACUCGCCGACGUUCACCACAAUCCUGUACACGUGCCCGAUCCAUCCCGACGACUUGAAGCUCGUAGAGGGUUAUGCCCAGGAGCAUAAGACCCCAGUGAUUGCGGUUCAUUCCGCAGGUCUAUACUCAUAUUUCCGCAUUAGCCUGCCAGGGGCGUUUCCCAUCGUCGACACACAUCCCGACGUAACCGCCACUACGGAUCUACGGCUUCUUGCACCUUGGCCUGAGCUGCUAGACUUCUCCAAAGGCAUGACAGAGAAUAUCGAGAGCCUAAGCGACCACGAUCAUGGCCACUUACCUUAUGUCGUCAUAUUACUACACUAUCUUGACCAAUGGAAGGAGACCCACAACGGCGCGUAUCCAUCGACAUACAAGGAAAAGGCAGAGUUCCGUAAGAUGGUGGCGGAUGCUACAAGACGAAGUAAUGCUGAGGGUGGCGAGGAGAACUUUGACGAGGCAGUAGCUGCCGUGAUGGUGACGGUAACUCCACCUUCGCUGCCGUCUGGCCUGAAGGAAGUAUUCGAGUAUGGGCACAGUGGCCAGGUUAAGCAGAAAACAGGGUUCUGGCUUAUCGCCGAUGCCGUUGAGCAGUUCUACCAGAGACACAAAUGCCUGCCCUUGACUGGCAGCAUCCCGGAUAUGAAGGCACAGUCAAGCGUCUAUAUCCAGCUCCAGAACAUCUACAAAGCCAAAGCUCGACGGGAUGUAGCCGAAGUGCUAGAAAUAGUACAGGGCUUCCCAGAUGGUCGAAACAUAGAUCCUGGAGAGGUGGAGCUCUUCUGCAAGAACGCUGCGUUCGUUAAACUGAUUAAUGCGGGAGGAGCAAAGGCUGAUCGUCUGGCCACAGUCUUUGAGGAGGAGACAGCAAAGGACGCGUUUGCGGAGGAGGCGAUGUUGCCUCUGUCGCUCGUCCCCAUCUACCUAGCCCUCUUUGCAACCUCCCACGUGCCGGCGGCCUCGGCUGAGGAGAUCCUCACAACCGUGAAGAACCUUCUGCCCGGUUCUGCCGACAAUGAGCGGCUAGCGCAGGCUGCCCAGGAGGUUGCUCGAGCCGGCGGCGGCGAGCUGCACAACAUUUCCGCCCUAACGGGCGGAAUGGUGGCCCAGGAAAUGAUCAAGAUCAUUACGAAGCAGUACAUUCCUAUCGAUAAUACCUGCAUAUUUGACGGCAUCGGUAGCCGAAGUCAGGUACUCCGGCUAUGA